GCCCUUUCGAUUGAUCGAGACAACUACAAUUGUACAGUAACAUGAAUUCCUACGGCCUACCGGUAUCGUCCGAGCAGGAUCGCCAGCUUCCACCCUCCACGCACCCUCCUCCCUCAUCUCUGCGACUUCAUAGUCGUCUGGCUUCUCCACCCUACUCGCCCCAGUCACCGGUUCGCCGAAAACCCGUGCCUCGCGGUCCCUCCUCUGUCGUUUCCCCCGUCGGCACACAGACUCCCGAUCAGUCACCGCGACAACCGUACUCUGACAGCGAGUACUCCCCGCCGCCAGAUACAGCUCGCUCAGUGCAGCUUGGCAUAGCCUCUCCUGCCCCCUUCAAUCUUCCAACCUCGGACGUGGGAGAAUUUGUCGUUCGGGAUUUGGACAGGUACGGGACAAAACUACUGUACAUUCUAUGGCAUGUUCCGGAGACCACUCCCUCUAACAUACAUCUUCCUCUCCAGAUACCCACACGGGGACUCCCCCAGUCUUGCACAACGCUCGUGGAUUUCUUCUCCUCGUGGUGAAUUUGAUAUUCGGAUACAGCAGCCCUCACCUCGCCCCUCUCCUCCAUCUCCCUUGGUGCCCAAUUCUAGCCAUGCGAGAGCCUGGAGCGAGUCUUCACUGAACAGAUCGAAUACUCCAGAGCAAGCUUUUGCACCCAACCGGCGAGCCAGCUCCGCAAUGGCGAGCUCGCCUCAUGCAGCACCGAACUUGAACCUCCCAGAGGGAUCAUACCGGACACACUCCCCUUCAGCUUCGGACGUGACGGACGAGACAAGCAAGCCGAGGUCACCCAACGGCAGAUUCACUUCCUUUUUCCGAUGGGGCAGUACUUCGGAACAUGGAGGGUCAUCUUCCACUUCAGUUUCUGAUCGGGGGCCUUCCCCGGCGCCUUCUCCAAAGACACUCGUUGCACCUUCUACAUCACCGUCGAACCGGUCAAUACCACCUGCGAUUGAUGUGCCGCUUGCGAAUGCUAGGGUAUCCGCCGGCUUACACUCAGAUUCAGGGGUCUCCCUGGCACCUCCAACCCCCUCAUCCUACGAGGCCAUUGAGGAAGAGGUACGUUUGGUUUCUGCGGAUUUGGCGGCGUCGAUCCGUAGGGAGAUGGACUUGGAAGAUCUUGUUGAGAGGUUGCAGGCGGAGGCCGCGGAAAGGAAUGGAGAGGGAAAGCGGACGAGCGAUUAUUUCUCCGAUGCCGGAAGUUCGACAAGAUACCUGGACGUGGAGACGAAGGUUGAGGUAGAUGUUGAGAAGUUGACGAGAAAGGCGGAACAAGAAAAGUCUCAGGUCCGGGUAGAGCUUCUGGGGAAGAUACAGGAAGAGAGACAACAGCGAAAAGCCAUGGAAUCACGUGUUAGAGACCUCGAGGAGCAAGUUGCUAGGGUAAGAAAUACAUUAUAUUCCAUUAGACGUAAAUUUUUUUUUUUCCUGACUGGGAGUUUAGCGCCAGACUACGCAGUUUCUAGCUGCAGACACUUCAGGACGGGUAAAGGAGUUGGAAGUUACUCUGGACGAAGCGAAGCGCCGGCUUGCAGAGGAGCGGCAGAUGAAAGAAAACUAUGAGGAUCUUUUAACGGCCCUGAGGGGUGAGUUGGAGGAGCACCGGAAUGAACGUGACAAUCUUAGAGAUGAAAUUGUGCCUCAGCUCCGGGCCCGGGUGGAGGGAUUGGAGUCGGAGGCAUCAGAAUUGCAAAAGCUCAUGUAUGAGCAUUCUCGGACGCAACAAGAGUUGCUCAAUCUCAAAAAUGAGAAUGCGUCAUUAGCUUCGACGGUCCGCAAUCAGGCUCGACAAUCCCACCGGUUUUCCGUUCCUGCCUCGGGAUUUGCGACACCAGCCUCAGCCGGCCCGGGUCUCCCCAUGAUAUUGAACAUGAAAGAUAAGGAGACAUUGGUGGAAAAGGUGAAGGAUAUUGAGGAACAGCGGGAUGCUUUGCAUGCAGCUUUGAAGAGCUUACGCGAGAGACAAAAGUAUGAGAGUCGGAUGGCUAGGGAGAGAAUCAGAGUGUUGGAAGCGGAGCGUGACAAGGCGCUCCAGCAGACAAAUAGGCGAUACGGAAAGGACCGAGAAAUGAGGUCUCUUCGGAAGGAAAUGGAGCGGUUGCGCCAACGAGCGGAUGACGCAUUGGAGCAAAAGUUCACGUGUGAACGUGGUCUUGGGACGUUAAAAAUGGACUUGGAAAAGGCGGAACAAGAAACAAGUUCAUUACGGGCUCUUCUCCAAGAACAUGAUGCGUUGGUUAGCAAGCAUACCGAGCUUCAGGAUUCCCAUACACGCCUUUCCAAACAAGUGUCCCAGUUGAAGCAAGAAAUUAAUGGGGAGGGUGUCGUAUCAUUGUCUCUGCAACAGGCCUACCGUGAUCUUCAGGAUAUCCAUGCAAGAACCUUGGCGAGAUUAGGUGAAGUCGAGGCAGACGGAACCGACCUUUCCUCCGAUCUAUCCGACCGCGAGCAGAGCCUUUCACAGGCCCACGAGGAGUCACGACGCGCUAUCGAGAAGCUGCAGCAGAGCGUUGCGCAGGCGGAAGCCGAGAGAGAUACUGCGCAGGUAGAAGCCGGGGCCUACCGUAAGCGGUCGGAGUCCCUCGCAGAGUCGGAGAAGAAACACAUGGCGGAGGAGAGAAAUCUCGGCCUGCAAUUGAGGCUCUCCACAGAGCGCAUUGCAGAAUUAGUUGUGCAAGUGCAGGCUCAGCUUGAGUCAAACAAUGCUCUGAGAGAUCGUUUAGCGGAUGCCAUUGGCCGCGGAGAGGAGGAGCAGAAGUUGUCGGCGAAGAGAAUCAACGAGCUCCAAGGGAGGUUAAAGGAGUUGGAGGAUAAGGUUCUCGAGGCGCAGCAGGAGACAGAAGAUGCUGUCGCUAGACAUGAGCAAGAGAUCAAGCAACUGAAGGAGACACAUACUUCGCAACUGCGAAGAUUGAAAUCGUCAACUCUGCGAUCGCCGUCCCAAUUCGCGCCCGGGUCCCCAUUAUUGUCUCCCCACCUCAGGUCGCCCAAAUUGGAGUGGACAGGAAGCCAAAGGUCAAACAGCUCAAUUCCUGAUGAGGCCAAGGUCGAAUUCCUGGAGAAGCGUGUUCAGGAGCUCGAGGAGGCUCUAGUACAGGCGGACAAUGAAAUGGCCGAAGUUGUCGGCAAGAUGAACAUGGCGCAGAUUGAAGUCUUGGAGCUCCAAUCCGAGAGGUAACCCCCCAAUAUCUUUAGCCAAUAUAAUACAGGAUUGAAGUGCUAAUGGCAGUAAUAAUAACAGAGACGAUGCCAUGCGCCAAACAAGACGACUACAAGGCGACAUUGCUGCCGAAAGAGUGAAAUACCUUGAGUCAAUGCCAUAAUUUCAGCACACUCCCGCUUUUUCCCCCCCCCCAGGGUUAACGCACGCUACGCCCAUCAGGUUUAUGAGGCCCCGACCUCGCUCUAUCAUAGACUUCUUUCUUCCUCCUCUGGCUUCAAAAGGCGCAAUUUUCAAUUUCGACUUCAGCUCCGAGCAUCCACCAUUCCACCAGUUCCCCCUCCUCCGCCUUGUUCAAUUCCAUUCUUUCAUUUGAUUUUUUUCUUGAUUUUUUUUUCCUUUUCGUUCUCGGGGUUUGAUCUCGUAUUAGCAAGCACAGCAUAGCGCGGUUUGGGUGUUUCAUUCAUUCUCUAAAACCAUAAAGGUAGUUUGGGUUAUUGGUGCUCUGGAUUUUUUCCUCUACUUCCUUUUCAUUAUUCCGUUCACGGUCAUUCGUUGACCAAAGCACCUGGCAAGGUUUGUUGCUAUACUGUGCGCGCGCGUGCGCAUUGCUCUCUUUAAUAUUAUCACUUUAAUUUCUAUUACACAAGGUCUCUUGACAAUACUAGUGUAUGCAAAAUGCGCCUUACGAUACCUGAGCGCUGGUGGGCUGGCCCAUUUGCUCAUUCAAUGAUAUAUACAUUUAUACACAUAGUUUUCAUUUUUUUUUUUCUUCGGGGUUUUCUUUCUUCUGUUUUCGGCUUGAGCUGUGCUUGUUGCGGGAGGUUCGAGAUGGUUUUUUUCUUUUUCUUUUUGUAUUUUACAUUUUUUCUAUAUUAUACCUUUCAUCGGGUGCAUUACGAUACUCGUAUCACACCCGCAUCAUGCUUACAAGUAUGCGUGAUACUGUAAGUAGGGUUCGAAUUAAUUCUCUUUCUCUCCACCGCGAGGCGAUUCUAGCAGUGAGGGCCGAUGCGAGAUUCGUUUCAAUCAUUGCCCAGAGUUCCCAUCCACCGCGGUACAGUACCGUAACAUUAUGGGCUCGUAGAGGACCACGGGUGCACCAUACAAGCAUCAUAACCGUGCUAUAUAUAUUACAUAUACAAGCAGCGUAGCGCAGGUUCAAGUCCCGAAUAGUCGAGCAGCGUGGUGGAAGACUAUUAUGAUACAUACAGUAUGAUACGAAGCUGGUGACAAAAAAAAUAAAAGGUUGGUGGCAUACCGGUAUAGACCGAAGUUCUUUUCAAACUUCAUCCACCCACCCGCCCACAGAUCAUUAUUUAUUUAUCUACUAAUUAGAGAAUUACUAUAGACCGUUAUAUCAACAGGGAUAUCGUGAGGUUGAACUUUUUUUUGUAUGAUAUUAUGUCGUGUAUACCAACCAUCGCUCUCCCUCCACAGAGCAUGGGUACGGGUAGACUCCAGGGGAAAUUCGCCUCACAUACGGUAUACAGUAUACUGUAUCAUACCUGUA